CAAUGUCGUCGCCGUUCGUACAUGUUGUGCCCGCGUCCGUAUUCGUGUCUGUGCUGUGAGCGCGUAGCCACCGUGUUCGUCAUAAACGCUGUUUACACACGUUUUUGCCCAUCGUAGCUGACGUAGCUGUAGUCACGGCACAUGUCGCGUUGUGCCGCACAUUUUUGCGUGAAGAAUUUAUUACAACACAAAGGAAAUAUUAACACACGUGUGACGGAAGUGCCACGAGUUUAGUGCAAGCGCCUGGGCGCCUAUGUGACAGAAAGUGCCCGCGCACCGUUAACUAAUUAGCCAACGCCGUCAAUCGUCGCAGACAUUUCGUGGUGCGUUGAAGCGUGUGUCUUUUGUUUGAGCGGAAAAUAGGAAUAUUGAAGAAAGUUGGCGCCGGUGGUCAUUUGCUAUUUGGCGUGCGUAAUCAGUCUGACAAACACCUCUGUGACGCACAAACACAUACUCACGUGCAUAUAUGUAUAUGUGUGAAAUUCUUAAAGCAUUUCUGUGCUGGCGCUCAGUCAGUCAGCAGUGAAAUAGUGUUACUGUGCUGUGGUGAGCUGAAGCAUGUCACAACAUUGAGACAACCGACAUAUACGCUAAUACACACACACACAUAUAUACAUACAUACGUUGAGUGAAGCAGUGGAGCGUGCAUGUGCUUUACGGUCGAAGUGAUUUAAUUGAUUCCAUGCCAUUCAAUUCGGUGCCAUACAAUGCUACAAGAUAAUUCGUUUGCAAUUCAAUUUAUUUCUGUCUGUGGUGAAAAUUGUUGUUGCGCUGCGGAUGAGCAAUAAAUUGACAAAAAGCGAAAGUUGAAAUUGUCUGCAUACAAAGCACACAUACAAACACAGUGGUGUGCAAAACGCCAAAGAGUGAUAUGUGUUUCAAGCAUGUAAGUGUGUGCUCCAGCGUUGUGGUACAUAUGAAAUAUAUAUAAUAUACAAACAUACAUACUGUGUGUGUGCAAUGGACAGUGCUGGUGUUUGGCUUAGUUUGGAGCAUAAAAUCUGAAGCGUAUUUAAGCGCCACAAGCCGAUCCAUUUCAUUUAUCCAUAUGCAUUUAAUUGGUACUGUCUACAGUUUGGCUAUCAAAGGGUUGCGGGCUGCUAAAAUGCGACGCCCAAGCGCUGCCUGAGUGGAUUCUGCGAAAUUGUACAACGAUUUAAAAUAAAAAAAACUUUGCUGGCAACGCAAAGUGUUUAAAAAGCGCAAGGAUAACUAAAAAAACAUAGUGAUGUUUAGUGAAAAAGCUUAAGUUAAAAAAAGAAAACGAAUAAAGCAACUCUUGGUGUGCUGCACAGAUUUCUUAGUAUCGACUUAUGCUGUUUUGAAAUUGAAGCAGAUAAACUCGGCGAGCAAAUAAGCAAAUGAACCAUAACAAUAAAUCGCAAGUCCUUUGAGAGAAUGCUAACACGAUAAAACGGCAGCAUAGUGCCAUUCUAGUGGUGCGAAAGCGAACGGGAAGAGUGGACAGCGGAGGCAGCUGCGCAAAUACAAAUAAGAGACGCAAACGUAACGGUAAUGCAGCCAAGCGGCAAAAAAGGCGCAGGCAGUGUUGGAUGACCGAACAAUUCAAAAGUAGAAAAGUGGUGUGGCCGUGUGAAGUGCACAAAUAUAUAAAUAAAUUGUGAAGUGAGUACACACAGACACACGAACAUAUACAUAAAUACAUAUACAUGUGUAAGCAUGCAGCGACAGGCUAAUCCGCCAGGACCAAGAAAAAUUUAUCGAUAAUCGCGGCAAGAACUCCUACAUUAGCUACGCAAAUGAACUGAAAAGGCCAAAGUGUGCAAUGAAAAUACCGAAAAACAAUAAGUAACAACUACAAUAACAACAACGAAAACAUGAACUGAACUAAGAACUAAAACAAAAGUAAAACGGAGUGCGCAAGAAAAGCGGACCAUCGAAUAAAAGUAGUGCAAAUACAGCAAGCGACCAGCAACAAAGUAUAAACACACAGCAACAACAUUUGAACGCACCAACGAACACGAAGGCCAUAAAAGUGCCGAAGUGGCAAAGUGGCAGUCAAACUAUGAGCAGCGCGCAAUAAAACUUGAAGUCAGUUUAUUUGUGCGCCUAUCGGCGCAAUCGACAAGAGGCGCGGGGGUGUGUGUAGAAGUUGAAGUGACGCUUGCAAACUGUCGCACACACACACACGCGAACAUUGCUCAAAAGCAAAGUGAGUCAAGCGCACUGAAGUGCCACUGAAAAUUCGUAAAACAUAAAACAAUCGCAAAGCAGGCCGUCUACAAGCGGCGCGCAGGUCUUACGGCCCAUUCAUUCGGUUCAAUAAAACUGUGCAAUAUAAUUUUAUACAAAUAUCUUGUUAUUGUUUCAGUUUUUAUGGCAUAUUAUUUAUGUUCUGUAGAUUUGGCAUUUUCAAAAAGGAAGUGACACAAAUAGACUGUGCAGAAAGAAAAUGAACUAAAACAAAAUAAAAUACAUACACACGCACACACAUUCAAAUAAGUAAAACACAACAAAACGGCAUUGUGCCGACGUGAAAAAUAUUGAAACUGACAGUGGCAGCAUGAUAGUCAUAAGAAAGGCUGACAGCCCUCACAAUAAUUACUUUCACACCAGCAACAAUAACAAAAAUAAUAAUAACAGCGACAACAACAGCAAUAGCAGCAGUAGCAAAAGUAACUACAACAACUGUAAUUUUAAUAAGAAUCACAACAACAAAUCGCUGUUAACCCCACUGCCGACAGUGCUUGGAAUUUGCGGCAGCUAUUGUUGCAACAGCAGCCUGGUCUGGCAGUUGGUGGCACACAGUUGGUGAGCAGCAGCGCAGUGCAAUGAACUGAGGUGCGGGGGAAUUGACGCCGUUUCCGUGUGAAUAGACAAGAAUUUAGUGCAUAAAUCCGCAAUGCGAAUACAGUCAGUCCCACAACAACAACAACAACAACGACAACUAUGUCCAUUACACAAACACAACUGAGUGAGUGCAAUAGUGGCGUCAAGUAGAAAGACGAAGUAAGCCAAAAGAGACACAUACAUACCAAUACAUAUAUACAAAUUAUUCAAAGGUGCCAAGCAACGUCAUAGCAGAGCGUUAGCUGCGCGGCAGCGUCCAUUAUAAAAAAAAAGUUUGUGAAAUUGUAAAUCCCGUGAAUCGCGUGUAUCCCUAGGCGCCACAGCAGCGUCAAUAGCAGCAGCAGCAACCACCGCACUUACUAACAUACAUACAUACACAAGCACCGGUAGAGCGACAGACAGCAUGCAUUCGCGGCAGCCAGACGUGCGCGCGCCAAUGUGGCAACAGCUGCUACCAGCUGUCAUUUUCUCGCUGCUUAGCAUAGUACCCCUUCAUGCCGAAGUUGUCGAUUUGACGCCACAAUACAGCGCAUCUCCCGCCGUCAUAACCAGCAGCAGCAGCAGCGUCACAGUGGGUGUCACAUCCACGGCGACAGUGCCAGCCUUCGUGGAACCCUACUUGGAGGGCUAUGCCUCAACAAACGUAACCGCACAGAUCGGCACGCACGCGUAUUUGCCAUGUCGGGUGAAGCAGCUCGGCAACAAAUCAGUGUCCUGGGUGCGCGUGCGUGAUGGUCAUAUACUCACCGUUGACAGAGCCGUCUUCAUUGCAGACCAAAGAUUUCUGGCGCUAAAGCAACCGGACAAAUUCUGGACGCUGCAAAUAAAAUACGUACAAGCAAGAGAUGCGGGCGCCUACGAGUGUCAAGUGUCAACGGAGCCAAAAGUUAGCGCCCGAGUGCACUUGCAAGUGGUUGUGCCACGCACCGAAAUUGUCGGCGGACCAGAACGCUUAGUGAAGGCUGGCAGCACUGUCGUGUUGCGCUGUAUCGUACGCGGUGCCCUGGAGCCGCCCACCUUCAUUAUGUGGUAUCAUAGUACGGAGCAAAUCACCAGCGAUUCAACACGUUAUCGCACACAAGUUGACCGAAAUAUACCCGAAAUCGAAGGCGAUGCCCAUAGUACGACCGGCUCAUUAAUCAUUGAAUCAGCGAAAAAACGUGAUAAUGGCAAUUACACAUGUAGCCCGUCAAAUAGUCCCAGUGUGACUGUGAUGCUCAACGUUAUAAAUGGUGAAUCAUCCGCAUCAGCUGUCACUUCAUCCGCUCCAGUACGAAAAGCGUACACAGCCUGCAUACUGGCCAUGCUCUUCAGUAUCGUUAUAAUUGGUGGACACAACACAUGACAUGUUAAUUUGCAAAAGCAACAAAAACAGCAACAACACAAAGUUGAAGAUGAGAAACAAAAGCGCAUAGAGGAAAAUAAAUCAAUACAGAUUGUACGCACGCAAAACAAGAUGACAAUGAAAAGUUGCACAAAGAGCACUUUGUGUGCACAACAACAACAACACUCGACUAAAAUAAAAGAAACAUUGCUGCAACAACAACAACUGUGCGGUUCAGUACAUUAAUGCGUCAGAGAAAAAACUAAAACGAUUUCUUCUUUAACUUGUAAGUUUAUAUAGGCAACCGUAUCCAUAGAUAUUAGAUACAAAAACAAAAAGAACAACACAUAGACUUAUGUGUGUACAACAAGCGGCGGCUAAGCAAACAACAACAAUAAAACAAACAAAAACACACAACUAGCAGUAAAAGAAAUAAACAACCGAGUAGGCUAGGGACUAAGCUGCAUUUGUUGUAGCAGUUGUUGUUGUUGUAGCCGAGUGAAAAAACCCACAAAGCAGCAAAGAAGGCACACAAGAAACAGCAGAAAAAACAUGCCAACAACAAGAUGUAGGCAGAAACAUACGUACGCUUAAGCAACAACAAUACACAUACACACAAAUAUACCAACAUACACACACACAUACACACGUGCAGCCAAAAAAACACACAUGCAGUGUCAUAAACAAAUGUAGUGGCAAUUGAAACGUAAGAGCUGCACACAUACACACCCGCACUGCUACAUUUGUUUGCGUGCUGCACGGCCUGAGAAUUAGUGUUACUCAUACGACGCGUACGUCCCCGGCAGCAAACACCUGCUGACACGUGCGUGCGGCGUGUUAUCUUACAAGCGUGCGCCUGGCAUUUGCCGUUAAGCGCUUACGGCCCACAACAACAAGCCGCAGUGACAAACACAAACAAACAUUGGAAAUCUCACACACACACAUAGCCAACACAUAAGGAAAACAAGCCAACAGUUAGAAAAAAAUCCAAAAGCUCUAAGCAUAACAUUAGCAAAAGUUAACUAAGCUAGGUAAAUGUAAGUAUACCGUUAAGUACGUGCAAAUGUAUUCACAACAGUAAAAAACAAACUCACAAGUUCAUGUGUGCAUGUAUGUGUUCAGCAUUGUAAGAACUAACUGGGUUUUAUCGGGAGUUGCGACAAAUUUUGCUAGAUUUCGCACAGAGGUCUUCAAUAUAGCAACUGCCGAUUUUUUGUAUAUGAUUGUGUUGUAUUGCAUUUAACUUUAAUUACAAAUACAUAUGUAAAUUUAGUUUUAUAGAUUUUCUAUGCAAAAAUCACUGUGCUAAAUUUGAAAUAUGGUAUCAGCAAAAACAAGUCAAAUAGUAAUAAUAAAAAAAACAAAACAAUAAAGUGUAAUUAAGCAACUUCUAUUUCAGACUUAGGUAAGUUUACAAAAACAAAAACAACAAAAAAUACCAUGCAAUUUACUAUAAAACAUGGAAACGUUAUUUAAAUGAGAAACGCUGCUAAGAGAAAAAAGAGAAUAAAACCAACACUUCACUCAAAUAUAAAAUUAAAUAUGCAUACAGAUAUGAAAAAAUGGAAAAUGUGUUAGUAAAUAAGCGAAAAAAUAAACAAAAGCUACUUGAAUGUAGCGUUAACUUAUGAGUGCAUAGAAUAAUUUUACUUAACAUAUGAAAAAUCUCGCAUUUGUGUAAAUAAGCGUAAUUUUAGUGAAAUAAAUAAGUGAAAUUAAAAAGGAAAAUAAAUUGAAUUAGAUAACAACAACAUAAGCUGCAAGUAAAUAGUUGUAUCUGCAAUUUACACUCUACCUUAAUGAAUUGUUCUAGGCGGUAUAGUCUGCUCUCCCUAACUCUUUCACCUACACAUACAAAACCACCUGCGAAAUCUAAUAUUUGCAUGCAGUACAGUAAACUAUUAGAAAAUAAAUACCUACAAAUAAUUUAUACAAAUAUACAAAAAAUUUUCUUUGCAAGUUUGUGCAACAUAAUUUAUAUGUCAUGAUAUAAAAUUUUAACUUUUUGCUAAAAAAAAUUCUUUUCAUUUACAAUAAAAUUUGAAAAAAAAACGGAAUUAUUUUUUAUAAGCACCACUGAAAUAAUAAUUAUCUCAUGAUAUAAUAGAUAACUCAUGACACACAAUAUACAACUAUUGUUGACAAUUAUAUUCUUUUAAUUUAGAAAACUAUAAAAUACGUUUUUGUGCAAAACCACUGAUAUAAUAAAUAUCGCAUGACAUAAAAUUUGCAAAUUUUACCAACAAUAUUUUCUUUACAUUUAAAAGUUGAUUUAGAAAAUUAGUUUUUGUAGGCAUCACAGAUAAAACAUAUAUCGCAUGACAUAAAAUGUACAAUUUUGCUAACAAUUUUUUCUUUUCAGCUAUAAUUAAUUUAGAUAAACACUAAGUUAUUUUUUGUAUGAACUAAAAUAUAUUAAUUAUCUCAUGAUUUCUCAAAAUUUUCAACUUUUGUUAACAAUCUUUUAUUAAGCUAUAAUUAAUCCUAAAAAAAACAUAGCGAUUUCUUACAGUGUCUAUUAAUAAUAUAAUUAUCUCAUGGCCGAACAUUUUCAAUUUUUGCUAACAUCUCUUUUCAUUUAAAAGUUAAAAUCAAAGAAUAACUUUUUUAGGCAAUGCUGAUACAAUAUUUAUCUCAUGAUAUAAUUGUUUUUAUUUUUACGAAAAAAAUAUAACAGAAACAAAUUAAAAAAAAUACACAAAAUUUUUCUUCACAAAUUAACGCAUGACAUAAAAUUUAUAAAUUUUAUCGCCUAAUAUAUUUUCAAUUGUUUAUAGUGUUUUUAGAAUAGCUUACAUCUCAAGUUAUAUGAUUUUGAAUUUUGUAUAUACACCGCAAACAGAUUACUCGCAAGUCCUACUCAAUCUCGCCCACAAAUAAAGUUCCAGUUCGCAUCGAUAAAAAUGUCUCACCUUCUUGGAGGUUAUACUAAUACACAUCAGUAGAUUUUACAAUUUUCCCAGUAUUAUCACACAUCUUUAAUCGAACAGCAAUAACAAGAUAUGCAGCGCUUUUUUCAGUAAUUCUAUUAUUAUUAUGAAAUCAUGCGCUUUUCUAUGCAAUAUUUUGUUUUGCAAGAACGAAUCCGCUGUUUCAAGCUUACUACCUGUCUUAUUGCUUCAAACCACUACAGUAUGUAUAGCCAAAGAACUCACCAUUCGACGAAAAGUAACGAAUAUAUGCUAGUAUUUUAGUCCAUUAUAACGCGGACUCAUGAAGAGGUUAAAGCACUGAUUUUUUUUUUUUUUUUUUUUUUGUAAUGGAUAGCUUUUCUCACUCCCUCCAAAACUUUCUUUUCGGUUUUCGUUCACGGAGAAGUUGUGUAAAUAAAUCUCAGAGUUUAAUCUUGUGACCUUAAAACGAACCACCAACUUUAUUCUGAUUUUGAUUAACUCAGCCACUUAGUGAACGUUUAUGCCAUGAAAUUAUAACGUUUUCUCUUUCCUGCCUACAUCUCUCGCCGUGUAAAAAGUAAUAAUUUAAAACAGAGUCACAUCAUAUUUCUGCUUUAGUCGAGAGAUGGCGUACGUAGGAAGUUAAGCGAGGAAUAUAAAAAAAUUCUAAGUCUUCUAUAUCCUCUCCCAUUGUAUUUUAUAUUAACAGCCUCUUAUUAUAUUUCAUUUUGUCUCAAUACGAAAAGCUUGCAAAAAAUCGCCUGAAUUUAACUUAGCAUUAAUUUAUUCUAUUCUUAUGUCUUAUAUUUUAUUCUUAGCUCUGAAACAAGUGGAAUAAAUUUAAAGUCGAUUGCAGUUUUAAUUCAAUGAUAUUUGUCGUCAUAGAUGUAUUCAUACAGUGUGCGGUUACACAACACAAACAAGACAAAUUAACCGCAAUUACUUAACCAAUUCAGCAAAAUUGUGUUUGUUUGUUUGUUGCUGUAUGAUCACAGGUAUAUAUAUGUAUGUAUGCACAUGUAUAAAACAUAUAGAAUGUAUGCAAAGUUAGCUAUAUAUAUACAUAUAUAUACUCUGAACUAGCCGACUCUUUGUACGAAAGCGACUUUUACACACAUACAUCAAAAAAUUCACGCAGCCAUACCAAGCAAAUACCUGACAUUUGACAAAUGACACAAAUUUUGUGGUUUCUGAUAAUUUGAAUUUUAAACUAUCGAGAGCUAGGAAGCUACACGAAGUUUUGCGCCAUUGAAUCUUACCCUCAUUCAUCACUUAUUUUUGCAAUUCGCAAAUAAGAUUUCAACAGCAACAAUUUUGCUUAAAAGACCCACAAACAACCAAACGAAUUGAUAUACAAAUCAAAACCAUCAAAAAACUUAUUUGUGUACAUAGAAAUUUUCUCGUAACAGUAAAUUCUCCAACAACAUAUAUUGCCACCAACAAAACCAGAAGGAAAGUCCGCAUUGUCUCUCAAUAGAAAAAUACUGAGAAAAGUCAUAGCAAUGAAGAAAAAUUUAUUCCAUGAACAUAUUUACCGUAAAUAAGUAGAGCUAAAUUAAAUAAUAAUAAUUGUAACUAGAGUAUUUGAAAAUAAAUUUUGUAAAAUAAUUUUAGAACUUCUAAUCCAUUCAAUAUACUUAAGUAUUUAGCUGGUAAGCCUUUUCUUGGGGAAUGAGGUACAAUGUGAGUGAGUUUUUCACGGUGUUUUGAAACAAGUUUUGUAGAAAGUCAAACAAGAUAUGCCAAAGUGAAAUUGCAGCAGCAAUGUUUACAUAUUUACAUAACAUUAAAUAAUUUUAAAUUUGAGUUCCACCAUUAUUAUUUUAAAUAUUUUUUUAAAUAUUUGCUUUUUUCUUUCGUAAAAUGAGUUUACUUUUAACGCAUAAAUAUACUCAUUUUAUAGAAGAAUGUGUCAAACUCUGCGAAAUAUUCUCACUUUAAGCUUAUAGCAUUAAUGAGAGCGCUGAAGACCACUUCAUUUUCCACCUAAAAUAAAAUAAACUUAUUUGCUCGAAUUUGCAGUGCAACUUGGCAGUGGCUUUGAAACAGCUCCGUGUUGAAAGAGUCAGCAUUGAAUGCAUUAAAGAAUUAUUUUAAGUUCUUAAAUAUUAUAUUUAACAAUGAGAUCAGACGUUUCACCUACUUAUUGUGAAUGACUGAGCCAUUUACACAAUACUACUAGAAACACUUGAUGAAAAUGUUACUCAUACGCCAUGGCAUGCAAAUGAGUUUCGAAGAUUUUUACCAUAGUUAAAAUAUGUGCGAGAAAAUAUUUUUAGUUCUACAGGGCAUGCUGCAGGCUGUAAAACUUGAUAAAGUAUAUACUCAACUUUCUGCCUCUUUUUGGCGUAGACAUACUGAUUAUAGCCGGCUCAACUUUGGCUAACUAAAAUAUUUCCCCUUGUGGUUGAAAGAGCUCAACAUUGCAUCCAGCAAAUAUUCAAUAUUUAAAAAUAAAUACUUUUUUAUUCACAUAAAAAAUUUGAUCAGAAAAUGUAGAAUAUUGGAGCUCUUUCUCUGCUAAGUGGCUAAUGCAGCACAAUUAUUGUAAAUAAAGGCGGUACACUUACUUUUCUCGCAGCACUUGUUCAAGGCAAUAUAAUUUCUGUAAUUUCUUCCUUGACUCGAACUUUUUCUUCUAAAUGUAUUUUCCUAUAAUAAUCAUAAUUUCUCAAUUUUUCGCUUUGUUUUCGAAAAAGUUGCGAUGAUUUUCCGAAUACUUGACGACAUGUGAAAGCAUCAUAUAUUACCUCAUAUUCCAAGCAAAAACCCAAAUUGAGCAUUAACUGUAAAAAUCGUGAAUUUUUAGAUCUAAGUUGCGCAGGAAUAUAAAAUCAAAAUAUUACAAAUAAACAGGAAGCUAUACAUAUAUAAUAUAUAUAAUAAAAGCAGUUUAAAAAAUCUCCUGAUAGUGUUGAAGACUGAGCUGCUUGCGAAAAUUCGACUUGGUCAAAACCAAUAACGCUGCUACAAAUCAGAGACGGGGGCAAUGCUUCAGUGAAAUGAAAGCGAAGCGCCACGUAAGCGAAAUGAGUAGAAGGCGAAAAUGUUAACUAAGUAUAUAUGCAUGUAUGUAUUUCUCCAUUUAUUUUAUACUGCUGUGUUAUCUGCGUAUGUUAGUACAGUUACGGUAAAUAGCCAAGCACAAGUCUUUAACAUAUUCACGAAAUAUUCAUGGAAUUUUACAAUAAAAGCAUACGUAUGUACCACUGCAUAUACUAUUUACAUAUAACAUAUAUAACUAAUAAUGGAGAUACUUUAAAAUAUUGUAAAUAUUAAACUAAA